AUGGCGUCUGCCGGAAGCGGCGCGCGCCGCGCGGUUGUUUGGUUCAGGAACGACCUGCGGCUGCGGGACAACGCGGCAGUUGCAGAGGCGGCGGCCAAGGUCAAAGGCGGGGAGGUCGACUCAGUAGUGCCCCUGUACGUGUUUGACCCGCGGUCGUUCAAGGCGUCGCCCUGGGGCAACGUCAAGACUGGGCCGUACAGCAAGGCAGGCACCAAACGACUCACCGCCGACUCGCGCGUGCGCCACACCGCAUCUCGCGGAAGGGCCCAAUUUCUGCUGGAGAGCGUGGCGGCUCUCAAGGGGUCGCUGAAGGCGCUCGGCUCUGACCUGCUGGUGGCUGUGGGCCGGCCUGAGGACGUCAUCCCUGGUCUGCUGGGCGAUGGCGGGCAGCUGGUGCUGACUCAGGAGGAGGUCACCAGCGAGGAGCUGUCCGUGGACGCCAAGGUGGCGCGCGCCGUCAAGCCCCGGGGCGGGCGGCUGGUCAAGCUGUGGGGGUCUUCCCUGUAUCAUCGGGACGAUCUGCCUUUCAAGGAGGGCUGCGGGGACGUGCCUGACGUGUUCACGCCAUUCAAGGAGAAGGCUGAGAGGAUGGGCAAGGUCAGGAAGGAGCUCCCCACCCCAAAGCCCGGGGACCUGCCACUGCCCCAGGGCCUGCCCGACGCCCUCACCUCUACCCUGCCCACCUGGGAGCAGCUGCCGUUCCCCGUCGGGUCCCGCCCCGCGCCGCCGGCGCGCCACCCCAGCGGCGUGCUCGACUUCAAGGGCGGCGAGGCGGUGGCCCUUGCGCGGCUGAAGUACUACCUUUGGGACUCUGACCUGGUGGCUGACUACUUUAACAUCCGCAACGGUAUGCUGGGGGGCGACUACUCGACCAAGCUCGCCCCCUGGCUGUCGGCAGGCUGCAUCUCGCCCAGGACGAUCUACCACGAGAUCAAGCGGUACGAGGCGCAGCGCGGCUCAAACAAGAGCACCUACUGGGUCAUAUUCGAGCUGACCUGGCGCGACUACUUCAAGUUCUUCGCCCUGAAGCACGGCAACUCAAUCUUCUUUGAGACCGGCACCAGUGGGCUGCCGCUGACGUGGACCAAGGACCCUGAGCUGUUUGAGCGCUGGGCCCAGGGGCGGACGGGGAUGCCCCUGGUGGAUGCCAACAUGAGGGAGCUCGCCGCCUCAGGGUGGAUGAGCAACCGCGGGCGCCAGAACGUGGCGUCCUACCUGGUCCUCGACCUGGGGGUGGACUGGCGGCGCGGCGGGGACUGGUUCGAGCACCACCUGCUGGACUAUGACGUAGCGUCCAACUGGGGCAACUGGGUGUCCGCCGCCGGCCUGACGGGCGGCCGCAUCAACCACUUCAACAUCACCAAGCAGUCCAAGGACUACGACCCGGAUGGGGAGUACAUAAGGGCCUGGGUGCCGGAGCUCAAAAACGUGCCCGCCCCCAGGAUCCACGAGCCCUGGCUCAUGAGCAAGGAUGAGCAGGAGCGAUACGGUGUGCAGAUCGGGAAGGACUACCCCAACCCCAUCCCAUCCAGCCGCUUCGGGCGCCCGCAUGGUGGCGGCGGCGGCGGCGGCGGCAGAGGAUCAGGCGGCGGCGGGCGGUACGGCGGCGGCGGCGGCGGCGGUCGGGGCUCCUUUGUGCGGCACGGCGGCGGCGGUGGCGGCGGCGGCGGCGGGAGGGGCGGCCGUGGCGGCGGCGGGCGGCAGUCCAGGCGCAGCGAGUUUGACCGGUUUGGAUGA